AUGGGCCCUCUGGUCGACCAGCAGCAGGGUGCUCGAGGUGCGUUGGGCAGCAGGGCACGUGGGGCGCAAGUAAGCAGGGCGUGCGGGGCGCGCAGGGCAGCAGGGUGUGUGGCGCACAGGGCAGGAGGGCGUGCGGGGCACGCAGUUUGCGUGGGGCGCGCGGGGCAGCAGUUUGCGUGGGGCGCGAGGCAACAGGGCGCGCGAGGUGCGAGGAGUUUAUUGGGCAGCAGGGCGUGCGGGGCGCGGGGUAGGAGGGCACGCGGGGCACGAGGCAGCAGGGCGCGCAAGGCGCGCAGGGCGGCAGGGCGCGCGGGGCACGAAGCAGCAGGGCGUGCGGGGCGCGCAGGGCAGCAGGACGCGCGGGGCGCGCAGGGAAGCAGGGUGUGUGGGGCAGCAGGGUGCGCGGGGCGCGGGGCAGCAGGGCGCGCGGGGCGCGCAGGACAGCAGGGCGCCCACGGCGCACAGGGCAGCAGGGCACGCGUGACGCGCGGGGCAGCAGGGACGCGUCGCUGCGCGGGGCAGCAGGGCGCACUGGGUGCGUGGGCUGUAGGGCAUGCGGGGCGCGGGGCAGCAGGGUGCGCGGGGCGCGCAGGGCAGCAGGGCGUGCGCGGCGCGCAGGGCAGCAUGGCGCGCGUGACGCCCGGGGCAUCAGGGAAGUGGCACUCGAGGUGCGGGGCAGCGAUAACACACCUAACCUAA